AUGAGCUAUAAUUAAGAAGAAAAUGAUUAAGAAAUUAUUGAAAACAGAUCACCAAGAAAUGAAGAAGAAGAAGAAAUAGAUAAAAAAAAUGAAGCAGAAGAUGCUUAGAAUCUAUAGAAUUAAAAGAAAAAAAAGAAAGUAUAAUAGUUUAGAUUGAAACCUGAAUAAAUUACAGAUCCUUAAAAAGGAGUUCUAUAUUUAUAUAAUUUAUGUAAAAAUUAUCGUUUUGGCAAUGAUGAACUUGAUGAAUUAAACAAAUAUAUGCAUGUAAUAGAAGAAUGGCACUAUUAAGUCAUGCCUAAAUAUGACUUUGAUUAUUUUACAAAUAGAUUAUAAAAAUUUGGAGGGAAUAAUAGUGUUUAAGUAAUAUUUUUCCUUUAUUUUUAAGACUCAUUUAUAAUUCCUUAGAAAAGCUCACAAAGGUCUUAUUCCUUGGCAUUUUGUUCUAAAUCCAUUAGGAGAGCAACCUAUAGAUGAUCUUUCAAUGAAUUAAACCAUUAAUGAAACAAUAAUUAAUAAUUCAGCAAUGUAGGAAGAAUAGCCUUAACAAAAUUUAAACUAUAUUGAUAACAAUUAGAGUUAGCCAGAUUUAUAACCAGAAUAAUAAUAAUAAUAACAAGUCAUUUCUACAACUUCAUAAAAGAAACCUCUAAAAUUAUCUUUGAAGAAAUAAAAUUUAUAAUCUUAAGUCAAAUCAGUUAAAAAGGAGCUCAAUGUGCGGUUUAAUGAUGAAGUUUAAUAUUAACCAAUACAAUAACCUAUUUAAGAAGAAAAUUAUGAUGAUAUAUUUGAAUAAUUAGAAGCUGCAUAUAAAUCCAAAGAAGAGAAAAAAUUAAUAGAUUGA